AAGUUUUCAGAUUGAGACAAUAUAUGCAUAGUAAUGGAGUUUUUGCUGAAACUAACCAGAAAGAAGUUCAUACGAUUAGAUUCUGUAGAAGAUACAAAACUUUCCAGAUGUCUGAAUACACUAGAUCUUACAGCCUUAGGUAUAGGAAGCACAUUGGGAGCUGGUAUCUAUGUUGUAGCAGGUCAGGUUGCUAAGCAGGUUUCAGGUCCUUCUGUGUUUGUCUCCUUUCUGAUUGCCGCAAUAGCUUCAAUACUUGCAGGACUGUGUUAUGCUGAAUUCGGUGCACGUGUACCUAAGACUGGAUCAGCAUAUGUGUACAGCUAUGUUACUAUAGGAGAACUUAUGGCAUUUGUGAUUGGUUGGAACCUUAUACUCGAAUAUGUUAUAGGUACUGCUAGUGUAGCCCGAGCUUGGAGCGCUUAUUUCGACUCUCUCAUCAAGAAUGCUAUACAGACGUACUUUAAGGAGAAUUUCCCCAUGAACGUGUCCGGAUUAUCACCAUAUCCUGACUUCUUUGCACUGGGGAUAACACUUUUGUUGACAGUGAUCCUAGCAGUGGGUGUAAAGGAGUCAUCCCGGUUUAACAACAUAUUUACUGCAGUCAAUCUUCUGGUUGUUACAUAUAUUAUUAUAUGUGGAGCUUUCAAAGCAGACCAUACUAAUUGGGAGGUGAACCCUAAGGAGGUCGUCGGCGUAAACUCUACCGUUGUAGGACAGGGCGGAUUUCUGCCAUUUGGUUUUUCUGGAAUGUUAUCAGGUGCUGCAACUUGUUUCUAUGCAUUCGUCGGAUUCGAUGCUAUAGCAACGACUGGGGAGGAGGUGAAGAAUCCACAGAAGGCUAUACCUAUAAGUAUUGUUGUGUCUUUAUUUGCCUGCUUCUUCGCUUAUUCUGGUAUAUCUAUUGUUGUAACGCUGAUGUGCCCGUAUUACCUUCUGGACGGGAAUGCUCCUCUGCCAGCAGUGUUUGACAGAGUUGGUUGGCAUGUUGCCAGAUAUGUCAUUGCCGUGGGUGCUGUUUGUGGAUUAUCAACAAGUCUUUUAGGUGCAAUGUUUCCACUCCCACGUGUUAUAUACGCUAUUGCCAGUGAUGGUCUCAUCUUUAAAUUCCUAGCUAGAGUGAAUGCCCGGUACAAAACUCCGCUUAUUGCUACAUUUGUAUCGGGUUUGUUCGCAGGUUUAAUGGCAAUGUUGUUUGACCUGAAGGAAUUAGUGGACAUGAUGUCUAUAGGGACCUUGUUAGCUUACACCCUGGUAGCUGUGUCGGUACUUUUAUUGAGAUACAGGGUGCAUGGUAUAGGUGAAAAAGAGCAAUCUACUGAUAGCUAUACUCUAACAAAUGGUACAAUAUUUUCAACAGCCUUUAAUUUUAGAAACGAAAAUCCGUCCAAGAUAACAGAAAAAGUAUCAGCGUAUGCUGUUACUAUAUUUAGUAUAUUAACAGUAGGACUAUCAAUAUUUCUAAAGUUUGCAGAAGAUGAUUUAUCACAUGGUAAACCAUGGGCGAUUUUCAUCACUGCCGUGUUUACGAUAGUAAUGCCGCUGAUACUUAUCUCACUUGCAUGUCAACCACAAAACAAAACCAAGGUUUCUUUUAAGGUGCCUUUAUUACCGUUUUUACCUGGCAUAAGUAUAUUCGUAAACAUAUUUCUUAUGCUUAGGCUGCCAACUGCGACAUGGAUCCGCUUUGCUGUUUGGAUGGCGAUAGGUUUUAUCAUAUACUUCUGUUAUGGAUUAAGGAACAGUAAUCAAGGGCUUCGAAAAUCCGAGACAGACAACUUUCCAGACUAUGAAGUAACAUGUGAUAGCUCAGUUAACAGUGCAAGAAGUUCUAAAGAGCCAAAUACCGACCAUAAUAGCUCAGAAACCGCCAGAUUAUUGCGUCCCUCUAAUGUUCUGUGAUAAUUGUUUUCAUUCAUAUUUCACUUGUGAUUCCACAAACCAUGGUCGAUUUUACACUCUACACGCGCGUGCAUAUAAAAAUGCACUUUAGAUUACAAAAAGAAGUGUAUGGAACAAUGAUAGCUAUUCGUUGUUGACCUUAUUUGAUAUUAUCUUGUCUUUCAACUAAAGACUAUUAUUGAAAAGGAGUUUGUGUGCGAUAUAUAUAUUUAGCUAAUUAGAAAACUUGUCUAGUGUUGAAAAUCACACCAUGAGCUGCAAUUUCAACUUUUUGUUUACGAUUGUGUGAUGAACAUAAUUUUUGUCAUAAAUGGUUGGAGACUUGCCAAUUUUGUGUGGUUGUAUGAAAACGUUUAAACCUUUGUGUAUUUUUUCUCAAUAUUUUAAACACAGUGGUCGACAUGCCUUUUAAGUGUUUCCUGUUGGAAUGCAAAUCAUUAGAUAUUCUAAAGAACUUAUCAGCAAAGAAAUGGAAGCAAACAAAACAAUGAAUCUGAAACAAACACACUUUGUAUACUUAUGACGGCUACUUUGAUAUAUAACGUUAUUUGUAAAAUUUUAUAUUAAGAUAAUUAUAUUGUUAAUAUUUUCAUUUAGCAUUUUUAUUCUUAAUCAACCACAAUACAUAAUUUAUUUAAAAUGGA